UUUCCCGCGAAAUAUGCGUUUGUUUACCUCCUGUGAUCCUGGGUGGAAGAUGUUUUGCAGAUCCAAGAAUCAUGUUGUUAAGGAACUUUUUUCGGAAAAUAUAAAUGGUCGCUAUCCUGGACAAGCUAAACAGGCUUGCAAGAGUUUGUUUGCAUGGAGCUUCAAAUGUUACCAGGAGGAUAAGUGUGGUGCUAUUGCAUGUGAUUCUGAUGAAAACCAGGAACCUCAGGCACUGACAGAGCCACCAAUAUAUGCCUGCAAAUUUGGGGAAGGACCUAACUGUGGCCACAUCCUGGUGAUUGCCAAUGAAGAUGGACAGAUUGGAUUGAGGGACACUCGCAGGAUUGGUGAUGUGGCUCCUGUCGAAGGUCAUCAGAUCCACCUGAAUGCCAUACUGGACGUGUGCUGGGUCCCAGGCUCAGCAGAGUUGGUUUCUGUCUCUGGUGACCUGCGUGCAAUACUGCUAACAGUGGAAGAGGAUGGCAGCCUCACUACUUCACACACCUUCCUUGGCCACACCCGCUCCAUCAAGACUGUCAGUGUGAAUCGCAGGGAUCCAUGCAUGAUAGCGACAGGAGCACGUGAUGGCAACAUCAUUAUAUGGGACAGGCGGUGCCGGCCACACCACCGAGCAGAUGAGAUAGCUCCAGCACAUCAUAAUUUGAUUCCCAAGAAUGGUGUAUCCCCAAGCCUUCGCAAGUCAGCUUCUUUCAUGUCUGUCACCAGCAAUAGUGUGACCUCUGUCCUCUUCCAGCAGCAGCACAUCCUCAUCUCCUCUGGCUCCUCAGAUGGCCUGAUCAAGCUUUGGGAUCUUCGCAAGACACACGGGGGCAGCCGACGGGAGCCACAGUGCCAUAGCCUCCUGGAACACACUGGCAGCUCCUCCCAUCGUGGCUUCACUUCACUGUCCCUCUCACCUCAGGAGGACAUUAUUUAUGCCUCCUGCAUGGACAACACCAUUUAUGCCUACCACCUGGCCAAGCCCACUCCUAAACCAGUUGCUGAAUAUGUUGGUCACCAGAGUCUGACGUACUUUGUCAAGUCCUGCAUCAGCCCAUGUGGCUCAUACCUCCUGAGUGGCUCCAGUGACAACUGUGCUUACAUUUGGCUGACUGAUCAGCCAGGAGAGCCAAUAGCAAAACUUAGCGGACAUUGUGCUGAGGUCACUGCCGUGGAUUGGUGUCCAGUUGAUGAUGACAAGCUGGUGACCUGUGCUGAUGACAUGAAGCUUCGUAUUUUUCGAAGAAAGAACACAGAUUUAGAUGAUUUUGAUGAAAAAUUAAAAAUUCAUGGAUUAUCAGAAAGAUAUGUGGGAAAAUAUGAGAAAGAAGGAGUAGUAGGUAGAGAGGAAUCUCCAAAAACAAGAGAGAGAAAAAGUUCAGGUUCCUUAGGCACAUUGCCUCCUCACCCUGUUACUCCAAGCACAUCAGGGUUCAGACACUCCUAUAAUUUUACUCCUUCAGAAGCCCCAGGCAGUUCCACAAGUCCACAGACUUGUCCCCAAACUCCCCAGCAGUUUACACCCCAGCAGUGGCAGGGAAUGCGAGGCAGGGCCACCCCAUGCACACCUAAGACAAGUGAAAGAAACAUGUUGCUCCAAUGGCUUGUUGGUGCCAGAACUCCAAGAUCCAUAGAAUCACCCAGCACUGGAGACAGCGACUCCAAAAAGAACACCCAUAAACGUAAACUGACGGAUCUCAUGGGUGAGGAUCAGGAAAAUAUAUCAGACAAGGAGAAACCAAAAUCUCCUAACAAAAAGAAUAAUAUAUUGUGUCCAUUACCUAUCAUGAAUAAUCAGACCUCUCCAUCUCGGGGUGCAGCAAAGAUGCUCAAGUAUGGAGAUGAUUCUGAGGCUGCCUUCUCUAAUAAGAGUCAGAAUGAAAUUUCUGCUGAUAUGGCUGACAGUGUUAAGCCCCUUGAUGCUUCUGACAAGCUGAUGAGUGGCUUCCGGAAAACUGUGACUAACGUUUCAUUCAGUGUCACUGACAACAGUGCUGUUGCUGGAAAGAGUUCUGAACAGACAACUCAGACAGAGAAGAAGACUGAUCAGAAUUGCAGUAGUAAACAGUUUGGUAAAUUUUCAUCACCAACUGCAAAUUUGCCAAACUUUAUAAUUGAUGGUACAUCACCACACAGUCGCCCAGAGGUAAGGAUUGAGAAAAGGAGGAGCACAAAUUGGUUGACUUCUAUCAGCCACCAAAGAAAAUUGAAAUUCUCUGGGACCCCUGCCAAGGUGGCAAAGAAUGGUGCUGCUUCUAAGUCAUUUAGCUCACAUAAAAAAUCUGUAAAAAAAACACUUAAAAUUAAGUCAAAGUAGUUUUACUCAAUGCAUACUGUACUUACCAAAGGUUUUCAUAUUAGUAAUUAUCCCAUAUAGAGUAGUGUUGUGUACUUCAGUAAUACAAGCAGUCCUCUUGCUGGUCAGCUACGGAAAUGCAGCCCCUCCAUUUCCAGUCUCACAAAAGUUCACGAGAUACUAUUUUAUUCACUAAUCUGGUCUGUUAAUUUUUUUCUGUUGCAGAUGUGAAUGUCAAACUUGACAAAUUUAUAUUCCAUCUUAAAUCUAAAAUUACAGUAUCAGAAGUCCUUUUGAAUAACUGAUCUUUCAAGUUAGUGACUGAUUGUUGAUGUAUCACCUCCAUCUAUUUUGUUAUGUAUGGCUCAAAAUAGUGUCUUUAUUUUGUGAAAUGUUGGAAUGAAGCAUUAACAUUCAGAAUUUGGGAUGUAUUCUCCUUGACAGUCAGAGAAAUAUUUUUAAAGACUUCUCACAAGUGUAGAGGAAAUUGUCAGUAUUUCUCAGUGCACAGGCAGAACUUGAUGGUGACAUAUUUUGCAUGUGACUGUGAAUUUGAACAUUUUAGUAUAUAAUGCAUACUUAUGCUUUCAUUCACUAUUUAUUUCUUAGUUAUAUGGUGUGUGUGUGUGUGUGUGUGUGUGUGUGUGUGUGUGUGUGUGUGUGUGUGUGUGUGUGUGUGUGUGUGUGUGUGUGUGUGUGUGUGUGUUUACUUCAGUGAUUUCUAUCCUUCCAGACAUUUAUAUGGUCAUAGCUUUGAUGGCAUUAAGAUAAGUAAUGGUUCACAUAUGAACAACAGACCUGUAGUAGUACAAGGAUAACUUGAUUUCCAGUAUUUUCUACCUAGCUAGAUUUCUUUUAAUAUCUAAAAUAAAAGUCUAUAUUACUUGGAGAAAA